UGAAAAUGCGCGGUUGGCAACAAUAUUACAAUGCAUUGUGGGUAUUCUCGCGAUCAGCUGUAGAAACGAAUUUGUUUUGAUUUCGUUUACUUGGUUUCUGUCCAUCGCCUUGUAUUCGGUGGUGCGGUAUCCGUAUCAUGUCUGGAAUUAAUUUUUCUGAGGAAGAGAAUACGAAGAGGUGGGCGACUUUUUCCGCAGGAGAAAAAGAUUUACUCGUUUCAUAAAUGAGCAAAUAUAAACAUGUAUUCAAUUCACGCACAGACAGUGCUUCAAAGUUUACGAAAACCCAAAUGUGCGAAAGAGUUCUAAACGAAUUUAAUGCCGAAGCACGUUGCUCUGCACGCAACUUAAAAAGCUUGCAGGUAUUCUGGAAGAAUAUCAACAGGAGGACGAAGGAUGUGGAAGGCGAAAUAAGACGCCAAAGAUACGUAAUUGGUGGAAGGCCAUCAGUAUCAAUACCUGUAGACAGGAUCCAUGAGGAAAUUAAAGAUUUCAUGGGUCCAGCAGCAGAGGGAAUGGACGAUCUCUUUGAUUCAGAUGGGCAGAACUUGCUAAAUAAUAUGUAUUUCACAACAUUUAAUGCACUGUAA